AAGAGCGAGGCAAAAGGCCUCAUCCUGACAGUGAAAUCGACCCUGAGGAGGAGCCUCUUAUUAGAAGGACCCGAGUCUCUGGGCCGGGUACUCUCUUGCACCGAGCGAUCAGAGCUCCUUCUCACUCUGGGCCUCCUGCAGCUGGUGGCUCUGCUUCUGCUUCAGGCCCCCCUUCUAUCCCCAGCUUACCGCCAUGGGCCCCUCGGUACACUCGAACGGAUGGGACGUUCGUGAAACCGAACGAGACCAUGCUGAAGGAUGGCCAGACCGCUAUGGCCUACUACAGGAGCAUGUGGACUCCGAAGGACAUUGAGGCGGCAAAGGGCCUUUCCCAGAAGGACGUGUUCAGUCGCUUUCCCCAAUCUGCUAUGGAGACAUUGUUCGGGAUGAUGGCCAUGCAGAAGCAGGUGGAAAUGGGGAACGCCAGGGCCCGAAAGUAUUCUGACAGCCUGGAGGUGGCUAAUAAAGAGAACGACCUCCUUGCCAUGAAGAAUACCGAGGUGCUGGUUCGGCUUGACAAAGCCGAGCAAGAGAGAGAUGUCCUGAAAAAGGAGAAUGAUUCCCUUCAGGAUGAGAAGGACGCCCUCCAGCUUGAGAAGAGCGUCUGGCAGACUGAACAGGAAUCACUCAGAGAAGAGAAGGCAGAACUCCAACGUCUUCUAGCUGAUGAACAGUCUGCUCGGAUGGCUUUUGAAAAAAGAGCUCUGGACGAGCGUACCGCUCUGAUCGACGCUAUCAGCAGAGUGGGUGGUGGGAUGCUGGCCCUUCAUGCUCGGUUCUCCAGGGUCGGUGCUCUUCGGUAUGCUCAAGGAUUCCGGGAAGGUUUCGCUGACCGGGUUCCGGAUGAGGGACAGACCAGCUCCACUCCGGAUGAGGUAGACAAGGAUCUGGGGAUCGAGCCUCUGGGGGUCUAUGUCGACCCAGAACCCACCGAAGCGGAGCGUAUAUUUGAUGAGUGCCAGGACAUCGCAUCCUCAAGGAUCAUCACAGCUCCUCCUACCGCUCUGCCACUGACCGCUCCCCAAUCGUCAACCGUGGCUCCCUCUGUAGCCACUGCUGACGCUGAACCCCAGCCGAACGACUCAGUUAUUCACCUGGAUUCCCCACCUCAUGAAGGUGAGGCGGCUGAUGGGGCCGAGGAGGCGAGUCGGCAAGACCAGGAUGCUGUUGGUACUGAGGCGUCUAGCUAGGGCUCCUUCGAAUUCUUCCAGUUCAUAUCUUCUUGUAAUGAUGGACAUCUCUCUUUUGUAAACUAAAUGUUCAAUAUUAAUGAAAUGGCCGAACUCUUUUUCUCUAUGUGUUGUGCUCUGUUCAACUUAUCUUCAGUACAUAUAUAUCUUUUCUCUCUUUUUCUUUUUAUAUUAGCUUU